GGCCCGGAGUGGAAGUGCCCUGGCAGCCAAUGACGGGUUCGGGGUAAUUGGGAAAGGCAGGUGGAGCAGGUAAGUCACCCCUAGGCAGGAAGGUAUAAAAGAUACUCGGAUCGCAGCGGCGCGGCCACUCGGGCGCAGGGAGCUGGGUAGGGCGCUGCUCUCGCCCGACCUGCCCCGCUGGGAGAGAAAUCAGAAAGCUGCCGGGAGCUGAAAUGCCAGAAGAAGGCUUGAAAAUAAAAAGCCUCCGAGCCUAAGCCUAUCCUCUGGAAAGAAGACUCUUCAGGGGUAGAAAGCAAGAGCCCCGAACAUGGUUUGCUCCUUCUAACUGCCCUCUGACCAGGCCUUGCUCAUGCUGCCACCAUAAUAUCUGAGUGCCUCCCAGCCUAGUGGACUGCUAUCGUGAGGUCCCUGCUCGACCUCAUGGAGUCCUCUGCUCUCCUCCCUGCCCAGGUGUCGGGGAGCACCGGCUGGGAGUCUCCCAGGGCUCUCGUUAUCUCCCCGGGCACCGUCAUGUCGUGUUUCACCCAGCUGUGGCACUCCAGCACCCCGGACUCGCCCACCAGCCCCAUCCCCGCCUCUCCAAAUGAAGCCCCCAUCCCCAUCAGCCCCAUCGUUAUCACCUCCCCAGGGGACAGCAAGAGGAAAGCCAGGUCCCCCACCGACAAGCCAGGCUCUCCAAACCCAACCUCCCCGAAGCCGACCUCCCCCGUCGAAUGUUCCAUUUGCUUCAACACCUACGACAACACCUUCAAGACGCCCAAACUGCUCCAAUGCUCCCACGUUUUCUGCCUGGAGUGCGUGGCCCGCCUGAGCAAAGGGCUGCCCCCAAACCACCCCGAGGACCAGCUCCCCUGCCCCUUCUGCCGCCAGCUGACCAGCAUCCCCCUGGAAGGCGUCCCGGCUCUCGAGACCAGCAAGGAGCUCCUCGCCACGCUGCCCCCUGAGCUGCAGCAGGAGAAGGUGCUGUGGAUGGAGGGGACCAAGCUCUGCUGCCGCCGGUCCUCCGACGACCCCGAGAACCCCGACUCGUGCAUCUCCAUCGAUGUCGCCAUGAGCAAACCCGAAAGCCCGGAGGCUCCCCCGACGGGGCUGGCGGGGAGGCUGUCCCGCUGCGACAUGUGCGACGACUGGAAGCGCAUCGUCCUCCUCUCGGCCCUCAUCAUCAUCCUCUUCUGCAUCAUCCUGUGGCCGGUGCAGUGCGCCCUGAAGACGGGGAACCUCCGCUGCUUCACCAGGACUGUGGCGAUGAGCAGGCCGGAAUACCUCCCCCCGAAACACACCACGGCAGCCCCAGCCGUCACGCAGAUCCCUUUCCAGUAGCAGCCCAGCGAGGAGGCACUUUGGGGAGGCAGGAGCAGGGCUCGCUGCCUGGCAGCAUCCCUCGCCGUGCCUGCACACCCCGAGGUCUCCACACUCGUUCCGUGGCUGCGCUUGGGUGCAGGCACCCUCUUUCCAAGAGCUCUGCUGAAACCCGUGCCUGCCAAGCUGUCUCUGGCCCAGAAACGCUCUCAGGAGCUGUCAGCAUCCCUCUGCCAACUCUCCAUGGGAACCAGAGCCUCGAAAGCUGUUGCAAAGGUGCGGUGGGCGACGGAUUCACUUCUAGGACUGCUCACCCGGAGAGGCGCAGGGGCCUUGGCUGGAUACCAGAUGACAGUGGGUGUAGUUCCUUCCACCUCCCUUGGGGAAUAAAGGGCUGUUUCUUUUUGCAAACCGAAGGAUCUACAUGCUUAUUCCUGCGAGGAGCUGGGUUUGGGAGAGUAAAGACAUGUCAGAGUUGCACAAGCAGGUGAGGAGUAGCCUUAUCCCACAGCCUUGAAACAUUUCAGUUGUGCGUUGGGUGCUGGAGGUGUUAAAUGCUGCCUCCUGCUGACAAAACCCAUCCAUCCCCGCCGCUCACCGGAGCUGUUACCACCGGGACGAGCUAAGGCACUGCUGAAAUUGUGAACAGAAGAGAGUAGCAUUUAUUUAUUUUUUUUCCUCCCAGAAGGUGCUUAAAAAUCACUCAUCCCUUACCUGGAAGGAUGAGCGCGCCCAGGGUGAGCUCUGGUAGGCACACCAGCACGAUGCUGCCCCUCGGUGAGCUUCAUUCACGCCUCUCCCAGGCAAAUCCUCGCCAAAACGACAGAAGCUCCAGCUUCUGACAGCUUUACCCUCCUAAUCUCAAAAGGUGUCAGUAUUAAGACACGGGCCAGUUGCUUACACGAUAUUUUUAUUUAAAGCAGUGAUUUUCCGACAGUGAUUAACAAAGGUCUUCGUGAAGAAGGCGGCUUACAAUUAAAUCUUGUUUAUUCAAACACAUGGAUGUAAGACAGGAUUGUUUGCAAGUACCAUACGUAUAUGUAUUAAAUUAUGUUUUCUACGA